ACCACCUCCCACGUGCUCUCAUCAAUGGAUCCCCUAAAAGGACUGGAUGAGUCGUCCACGGACGACGAUGCUGCAUCGCAAACUACCGAAGAUGACCCCCAAGUGCCUGAAAGGCAGGACCCGGCCCCGCCACCAGCCCCCCCUCCGUCUGCGCCCGCAGCUGGCAGCGCUCGCGAACGUCCGCAUUAUGAGCUGCGCCACACUAUGCGGGGACAUACAUCGUCAAUCUCUGCCGUUAAGUUUAGCCCUGACGGGACAUUCCUAGCAUCUUGCAGCAACGAUAAAGCGGUGAAGAUCUGGUCACCCUUCACUGGAGAACUCAUCCGGAAUCUAAAUGGCCAUACAAAAGGCCUUUCUGACAUAUCAUGGUCCGCUGAUAGCGUAUACCUUGCCUCUGCUUCCGACGACCAAACAAUCCGCAUUUGGGACGUUGAUUCUGGGUUGACAACGAGGACCUUGAGAGGGCACUCUAGUUUCGUCUUCUGUGUGAACUAUAACACGUCGUCAACGUUGCUUGUUUCCGGAGGCUGCGAAGGCGACGUGAGAAUUUGGACCAUGCCGAAAGGAAAAUGCGUCAAAACUAUACAUGCACACUUAGACUAUGUGACUGCUGUACACUUCAGCAGAGACGCAAGUCACAUCGUAUCAUGCGCUUUGGACGGCUUGAUCCGAAUCUGGGACGCCGAUACCGGUCAAUGUCUCAAGACCCUCGCCGAAGGACAUGACGCAAUAUGUCAGCACGUACAAUUUUCACCGAAUUCAAAAUACAUCCUAUCGACUGCGCAUGACAGCGCUAUUCGCCUAUGGGACUACCAGACGUCACGUUGUCUUAAGACGUAUAUGGGACACAAAAACGAAAAAUACUGCAUUGCGGCGUGCUUCAGCGUAACCGGCGGCAAGUGGAUCGUCUCUGGCAGCGAAGACAACAAAGCCUAUCUCUGGGACCUACAAAGCCGGGAGGUCGUCCAGGUGCUCGAAGGGCAUACAGAUGUCGUGGUCGCCGUUGCUACUCACCCUCAGCAGAACAUGAUUGCAUCAGCAUCUAUGGAAUCCGACCUCACCGUCCGGAUCUGGACUGACCGCAGGACCUAAACGUCCACCAUUUCGAUCGAGCUAUAUUGCGCUCUGUGAAGUUAGUCGCUCCCCGUGCUUUGUGGAUUGUAUAACAAUAGUGUAAUAUGCAUUGAUGUCUGUUAUGAACGCCUGUAGAUACUGUUACAACCUGUAAAGCUAUAUAGCAUGUGGAAAAGCGACAAGACGAUGUUCGAGACGAGUCCGGGGACAGCGGACAGCCUAUCAUACUGGUUCUGCGUUGAUGAGAUCUAGCAAGAGGGUGGGUAUUAGAUCUGAACUCAUGGGCAGCCCAAGUGAUACGGACCUUUAGCUAGCUCUCUGUCAGCAUCGGUAAGGCCUGUAUCAUGCUCCUCAAGGAAAGCAUCGACCUAAUGCACAAUUGAGCACUCCAUCACUGUACAUAAGUCUAGGCGACUCACUUCAUCCAUGACACCGUCAUC